UAAAUGGCUCAGAGUGUCCGCGGUGGAAACCGACCUAAACACUGUCUGGGAACCGAUAAACAAACACAGCAAAGCGCGGUGCGUAAAAAGCUAUCCACGGCGCUGGUUCUGGAGCGCGCAAGGAAACCGUGCCAGUGUCCAAGACGCCAAGACGCUUUUUUUUUCUUUUUGUUUUUGGUUGUUUAUUUCUAUGUGUGUGUGAAAACGAGGAUAUCUUAAUUGGACAUGUGAGUUACGGGAGUUAACAAGACAAGCAGCCCUUUUUUUCAAAGAUGAAGUUCCCAGCUUGCGUCCUCGUCACUUUGGUGGUGAUCCGAUCGAGUGCAGCGCAGUCAGUUUGUCCUGGCACGGAGAACAAGUUGAGCACUCUGUCUGACCUGGACCAGCAGUACCGCACCCUGAAGAAGCUCUAUGAGAAUUGUGAAGUUGUUAUGGGCAAUUUGGAGAUUACCAGUAUUGAUCGACAUCGCAACCUCUCCUUCCUAAAGUCAAUCAGAGAGGUGACGGGCUACGUGUUGGUGGCUCUAAACCAGUUCGAGUACCUGCCGCUGGAGAACCUACGGAUCAUCAGAGGCACCAAACUGUACGAGGGUCGCUACGCCCUGGCCAUCUUCCUCAACUACAGGCGGGAUGGGUCCUUCGGCCUUAAGCAGCUGGGCUUACGCAACCUCACAGAGAUACUAAAUGGAGGUGUUUAUUUUGACCAGAACAAAUUCUUGUGCCAUGCGGACACCAUCCACUGGCGUGACAUUAUCAAGAACCCCCAGGCUGAGCUGCUGGUGGUACCGUCCAACAACAGCAACCACGGAUGCAGACGCUGUCAUCGCUCAUGUAAUGGACGCUGCUGGAGCCAUCAGGAAGACCAGUGUCAAACCUUGACAAAGACAGUGUGUGCAGAGCAGUGUGACGGUCGAUGCUUCGGGCCUUACGUCAGCAACUGCUGCCAUCGUGAGUGUGCCGGCGGCUGCUCAGGCCCCAAGGACACGGACUGCUUCGCUUGCACCAAUUUCAACGACAGCGGAGCGUGUGUGACCCAGUGUCCUCAGCCAUUUGUGUACAACCCCAUAUCCUUUCAGCUGGAGCACAACCCCAGAGCCAAGUACACCUAUGGAGCCUUCUGUGUCAAGAAAUGCCCACAUAAUUUUGUGGUGGACCACAGCUCCUGUGUAAGAGCAUGUCCCAGCAACAAGAUGGAAGUGGAGGAGAACCGCAUCAAAAUGUGCAUCCCCUGCACUGACAUCUGUCCUAAAGUAUGCGAUGGUAUAGGGACGGGCAGCCUGCAGACAGCUCAAACAGUGGACGCCAGCAACAUUGAUAAAUUUGUCAACUGCACCAAAAUCAACGGCAACCUCAUAUUCCUCAUUACUGGCAUUAAAGGAGACAUGUAUCAUGGUAUUGGACCUUUGGACCCUGAGCGUCUCAACGUGUUCCGCACUGUGAAAGAGAUCACAGGUUACCUCAACAUCCAGUCUUGGCCUGAGAACAUGACAGAUUUGAGUGUUUUUUCCAACCUGGCAACCAUCGGUGGUCGAUCUCUUUACAGUGGAAGUGGUAUAUCUCUGUUGAUCCUCAAGCAGCGUUGGAUCUCCUCCCUCCAGUUCCAGUCGCUGGAUGAGAUCAGCGCCGGUAACGUCUACAUCUUCAACAACAGCCGCCUGUGCUUCUACAACACCGUCAACUGGACCUCGCUCUUCAGGACGCCGAGCCAGAAAGUCCUUAUCCGCAACAACCGAGACUCAAAGGAAUGCAUUCAGCAACGUAUGGUGUGUGACCGGAUGUGUUCAGAUGACGGGUGCUGGGGCCCAGGGCCCGACCAGUGUCUUUCCUGCCGAUACUUCAGACGUGGCCGCACCUGCGUUGAGUCCUGCAACCUCUUUGAUGGGGAAGUGCGUGAAUUUGCCAAUGGAUCUGUGUGCCUGGAAUGUGACAGCCAGUGUGAGAAGAUGGAUGGCAACACCAUGACAUGUCUUGGCCAGGGCCCAGACCAGUGUGUAAAAUGUCUCCACUUCAAAGAUGGACCCAACUGUGUGGAGAAGUGCCCCGAUGGCUUGCAGGGGGCCAACAGUUUCAUCUUCAAAUAUGCCAAGGCCAACAACGAGUGUCAUCCCUGCCAUGCCAACUGCACCCAGGGGUGCGUCGGGCCAAGACUCCAAGAUUGUGUUGGGAUGAUGGACAGGACACCCCUAAUAGCAGCUGGCAUUAUCGGUGGGCUAUUUAUCAUCGUCAUCCUGGCGCUCAGCGUUGCCGUUUAUGUUCGACGCAAAAGCAUCAAGAAGAAGAGGGCCUUGCGGCGCUUCUUAGAGACGGAGCUGGUGGAGCCCCUGACCCCCAGUGGAACAGCCCCUAACCAGGCUCAGCUGCGGAUCCUUAAAGAGACGGAGCUGAAGAGGGUCAAGAUUCUGGGUUCAGGAGCUUUUGGAACAGUCUACAAGGGCAUCUGGGUCCCAGAAGGUGAGACCGUGAAGAUCCCUGUAGCUAUUAAAAUCUUAAACGAGACCACCGGUCCUAAAGCAAACGUGGAAUUCAUGGACGAGGCCCUGAUCAUGGCCAGCAUGGAGCACCCCCACCUAGUACGUCUGCUGGGCGUUUGCCUGAGCCCCACCAUCCAGCUGGUCACCCAGCUCAUGCCCCAUGGCUGCCUCCUGGACUAUGUGCACGAGCACAAGGACAACAUCGGGUCACAGCUGCUGCUCAACUGGUGUGUCCAAAUCGCCAAGGGGAUGAUGUACCUGGAGGAGAGGAGGUUGGUCCACAGGGACCUGGCCGCCCGCAACGUGUUGGUGAAGUCGCCCAAUCACAUCAAGAUCACAGACUUCGGCCUGGCGAGGUUGCUGGACGCUGAUGAGAAGGAAUACAACGCAGACGGGGGCAAGGUUGGUAUGCCUAUUAAAUGGAUGGCACUGGAAUGCAUCCACUACAGGAAGUUCACCCAUCAGAGUGAUGUGUGGAGUUACGGAGUGACCAUCUGGGAGCUGAUGACAUUUGGAGGGAAACCAUACGACGGCAUCUCCACACGGGAAAUCCCAGAUAUACUGGAGAAAGGGGAGCGCCUGCCACAGCCGCCCAUUUGCACCAUAGAUGUCUACAUGGUCAUGGUCAAAUGCUGGAUGAUUGAUGCAGACAGCAGGCCGAAGUUCAAGGAGCUGGCCGCUGAGUUCUGCAGAAUGGCCCGUGACCCCCAGCGAUACCUGGUCAUCCAGGGAGACGACCGCAUGAAGCUUCCCAGCCCCAAUGACAGCAAGUUCUUCCAGAGCCUUCUGGAUGAGGAGGACCUGGACGAUUUGAUGGAUGCUGAGGAGUAUCUGGUGCCUCGCGGUUUCAGCAUGGCUCCUCCGUCAUACACAACCAGGCCUCGAGUCGACUCUAACAGAAACCAGUUUGGCUAUCGUGAUGGAGGUCCAAACCCUGUAGAAGGUCCUGUGGCAGGGGCCCAAGCCUGUAUAAACCAGGAAGUGGCAGUCAGCCAGGGUCCAGCCCUGGAGGACCAGCGCUGUAACGGGAGCCUGCAUAAGAAGACUCUGAGCCAAGCUGGAGGGGAAGACAGCGGUGGCCAGAGGUACAGCGCUGACCCCACCAUCUUCCUGGGAGAAAGGGCGUCCAGAGGUGACACAGAUGAGGAUGGAUACAUGACCCCCAUGAAAGACAAGAGCUCCUCAGAAUACCUGAACCCGAUUGAGGAGAACCCGUUUGUCUCACGUCAUAAAAACGGUGAGAUCCAUGCCUUGGACAACCCAGGAUACCACAGCACACCCAACAGCCAGCCCAAAGGAGAGGAUGAGUACAUCAAUGAGCCCCUCUACCUCAACACCUUCCACAGCCCAGCUGAACUGGGCUUGGAGGCCCUGAGGAGAAAUGGUCUGCCCCUUCCCACCCAGCCGCCCUCUUCCAUCUCAGCCACAACCUCAGGAUCCCACCUCCCGCUGACUAUCCAGACCAGCCUGCCCCACUACCCCCUCCCCACAGCCCAGCCUUCUCCAUCUGGCAUGCCCUGCCACCACGGUCCACCAACUCACCUUCUCCACGCCCACCACACCAUCAAACCUGCAGGACAACCUGUCAAUCCAGGUGGUGGCUCCAUCAGUCAGAGCCAAACAGGAACUACUGCCCAAACCCAGGUGUGCCAGUCAGGUGGCCUGUCCACUUCAGUCCCCAUUGGGCACGGCAGCCUGCCAGCCUACCAGAUCCACGCCACCACGCACCCCGCCAGCAUGCUGAAGCAUGGAGGAGGACAGACAUCAGGUAAAGCCAGUGGGAAGAAGCUGAAGGUGACCUUUGACAACCCAGAAUACUGGCAGCACAGUUUGCCUCCCAAAUCAUCUAACCAGGCGGCCCCUGACGGUGCCCAGGGAGGUUCCACAAAUGCCAAGCUCUUCUAUAAGCAAAACGGACACAUACGGCCGGCAGUGGCUGAAAACCCUGAAUACAUGUCUGAGUUUUCCAUGAAAUCUGGCACAGUUUUGCCACCUCCACCCUACCGGCAGCGGAAUACUGUGGUGUAGAUCGUUCCCUGUGACAAAUGUUCCUCAAUCUGACUCUAGCCUCCAACAACCCCGACAUUCUCUCCGGUUCCACUGUCCCACGCAGAGGGGAGCAGCCACAAGCAGAGCUACCCCCAAACUCUUUCCAAAUAACGUGCCAUCUGUUGUAGACCGUAGCGACAUCAGAAGGAGGUGGACCGAACCGAACCGAACCGAGCCAACCCAACUCAAACUCAUGCACCUUCACUACAUCCAAUCCAGUCCAUUUCUGUUCUGUAGAUAGAAAUUGCGCUCCAAGUCACUGAGAAUGUGAAGGUUUGGUAGUUUUCGGCAAACAAUGGACACAAGACUGUCACACAGCAGAGGACGGAUUGUGUUGUCCCAGCGAGGUAGACCACAACGGUGUCCAUCAAGAUGGAUUUGACUUAGGGGACCUGAACUCACUGCCAGCCACUGCGGUGUCAGAUUCAUGAGAGGAACAAGAUGUUUUAUUAUUUUUUUGUUUUCCAAUAUAAAAGAUGAACAAUACCCUACUAAGGGUUUCUGAAAUAAGCAAACAGACGGAACAAGUACAGUCUGUUAGAUGUCAAGGGUUUUGUGAAAGACCUUGUUGAGUGAGGCAAAACAGCAAAACAUGGAGGAAAGAAGACUGAAAGGAUUAGUCAGGAGAGUGACUUCCUGUAACAUGAAAGCACUGAAAGCUGGUCAAUCAUAUUCAAUCUUUUUGCCUAUAGGAUUAUACUGUACGUUCUCGAAUUUUCCAUCCAAUAUGUGAAAUUCAUCUCAUCUUUCUACUGUAACUGUGAUACUGUGAUGGCCAAUACUACAGUGAUCCCUCCUAUCACAUUUGUAGUUCAACCAUGGACUUUUAAACUUGCCCACAAACACACAGGGCAACUGCUGUUCUGUUGUUUUUGCUUGACUGCUGUCUGCUUGAAAAAGCUGAUCAAAAACUGCUUUUCCAAGCCAAAUGGUAUAAGGGAAAAUACACUGUAAACAUUUUUAUAAACACUGGUUGCAGUGCUGAAAAGAUGGAUUUUUAUACACUGGUUUUCCCAUUCAGAUCAUGAAGCUAACUUAGAUGGGUAAAGAGUGAGUUUUCAUGAGAGAGGGAGGAUAGUCAGAGAAAUUGCUGUAUCUGCUGAGUAGUGUGAUAGGACUAUCCAGAAAGCAGCCAAACUCAAAAUGGUGAUCAUAGAGACAGAACAAGUGAUGGGAAGAGAGAGAAAAAGAGAGAAAAAAUCUACAGAGAGGGGAGGGAAAGUUCAUACACGCUGCCUAAUGAAGACCUCAACGAAUGAACAAGACAGCACCAGCAGACCACAGUUAAAACAGGCUACUUUUUGUGUUUGUUUGUGUCAGUGUGUUUAGGUUGAGUGUGUGUGUGCUCACAUAAUGGCAAGCUAGUUUGGCCUCAUUAGGAAUAGAUGAUGGACUAGGUGUGGUAGAAGUCAGUGACGGUGGGGUCAACAGCCAAAAACCAUCAGUAUUGUAGACGCAACACUAGUCUGACCUAAAACAAGGCUUCCAGCAUAUGGCUAUUGUCAAGAAGAAGACAUUACAUUUUUUUAUGUCAUCGGCUUAAAUCAAAAGCUCAUUGAAUGCACCAAAUUCAACAACAGCACCAAAUCUCUGGGAGCUUUUCACAAUUGUAGGUGGUCCUAAACUGUCCUGUUGUUUUCCAAAAGAAAACUGGUGCACAGAAAGUGAUGGUUUUGUGAUUUUUAAACCUGUGCCAAAACGAAUAGUCUCUUUCAUGGUGUUCAUUUAUAAGGGACAUGACCAUUUUGGUAGCUUGGACCUAUUUCUUAUAAAUCAUAAAUGUGUCCACUUUUCUUCGCUGCAUCUUCCCUAUGACGGUAGAUUUGGACAGAAAAUAGAUGUGGUCUCUGUUGUUUCCUCCCUAACUGUGUUCCAAAGCAAAUUUUUGCCACCACAUCUCUGUCCUCAAAGCAAUUCUUAUGUAAUUUGUUCUGGUUUCAUGAGUGGCACUUUGUAAAUCAAGAUCGUGACCACAAUGCAGUAAUGAUUUAUUUGACUUGGUCUGAGGUGGCAAUACAGACCUGCACAAUUUUCAAUCACUGCAUUAUUUGAUUUAGGCAAAUAAUCACCAACAAAGAUUACAUUGAUAUAUUAGACUGACUUUUAAGCUAAAGUCAGAGCACUGCUGCAAUUGGCAGUGGUGGGAAACUGAAUUGUUUAAAAAUUUGAAGGACCUUAUUGCCCAGACGUCAGAACUCAAUAAACUGCUAACCUAAACUGAAAUGCUAUCUUCUUAGUUGGUUGACAAGGUUGCUAGAACAUUUAUUUUCCCAAGUAGCUUGCUGGUAAGUCACCCGACACCCAACUGCUUUCCAUAAUAUAGGUAAAUACGUCAAAUUUAAGAUGUUUUUUUCAAGUGCAGCUAUAACUUAAUUUGCACUUUUACCAACACUGGAUUUUAAUUAGCUCAAGUCCAUCCAACUUUCGACUUAUCCUCUGAUCCAUCAAGACUGAUGUCAUCAAAAGUAUCCCAACCAAGUUUUACUCAUGAGAUCACCCGUAGACAUCUGAUUGCCCCUCUACUCUUAAAAGAAUCGUUCUAACCCUCACUACUGAUGCCUCUGUAGGCAAACUGCCAGUCAAUGCUGCUAAAAGCGCUGGUGUUACAGCCAUUAUUUCUUCCGCCAAGCCAUACAGAACACCUGUGGGUGGGAAAACACCACAAAGCUUUCCAAACGUGGAAGAUCAAGUGAUGUCGGUUUGCCUCAGAGGUCGUCUUGCAAUAUCUCACUAGACUCACACCUUUUUGUUCAUGAAUAUGAAUGAAAUCUUGUAGUUCCUGAACCUUUAGCGAGAUUGUCAUUUUCCAGCCAUUACUGUGGAACAUUGAUAUUGCUUUGUAAUUGAUUCAGAAGCUUUUCAUGCCAUGUCCAAGCUGUUUUCUUGUGUAGGUUAUUUAUUUUGUGUAUUUUAAUGUGUGUGUAAAAGUAACGUUGUAUAUGUUCGUCCUCCCCAUGGAGCACUUUGAUCAGACUCGCGGGUAGAAAGAAAGGAUCUCCAGCCUUCGUUACUGAAAUAUUCAACUUGUUUAUCUGGUCGUUUACCACUUCAGAAAGAAAAGGCUUUUCGAUGAGUCAAAGGAAGGUGCAUCGACCAGGGGUUCACAGAGAAAACACAUUUUAGGUGGUACUGACCAACUUCAAGAAUGUCCUUGUUUCCAUGUUUUUUGUUUGCUUCAAACAGUAUUUCCAAUGCUGCUUUGAUGGUAUCAUGACUAUUUGAUGAAGGAGCAUUUUGUAGUCCCUUUUGGAGCUCUAAUUCAAUGAAAUGGAGACAGUAUUUAAUAUCAACGUUAAAAUAUUUAUAGCACGUUUGAGUUUGUUUAUAUAGAGCGAUGGAAGCGACUGCCAAAUCUGGGUUUCAAGAAAAAAAAAAAAAGAAAGGACGAUGGUGGUAAAAAAGAAAAACACAUGCCUUGGUUUCCCUCUUGUUUACCCUAAAUCAUACUGCAAGCAAAAUAUGUGUUUGAAUCAAGAAUGGAUUAGACUGGAGCACUGAUGAGACGACUGGCUUCACAUGUUCUCGAGAGCACUUUAGAGUAUCCGAGGCACUCAGCAACCCUUGUUUUUUAAUUGAAUCAUAGGAAAAAACAUUACCUAUACCUGAAGAUCCAAGUCCUGCUUUUGUCUAAAGGUAUUAGUUACCUUUUUUAAAAGUACCACAGUUUGUUUUCUUCUUGUCAACGCAAUCAUUGCUACUGACGAAUAUGUCAUUUCUUGUUUCAAACACGUUUUGCCUUGGUGUUGGGCUGUGUUACCUGCUGCUAUUUGUCUCAGCCCUAAACACUUUUGUGUCAUGGCGGUUUAAGAGUACGCCAUGGUGACACUGGUGUUUAAGACUGAUCUUUUUACUUUUUACUGUUUCCUCCAAGCCACGGUGCAGAGGCAUGUAGCCAUGUUGUACUGAAGUGAAUCCUUCAAUAUUUCAUCCUCAACAGUUUCAACCUACCAUAUAUGCUGUGAUAGAGUCUAAUGUAUAGUACAAUAUCACCUUGCAUGGUACCCAAAGUGAGUGUUUUACUGCCCUCAACCUUUGUAUCUUUUCAUUGAUGACAAUAUUAUAAUCACAUUUCUGUCCAGAGAGUGGACAGUGUGGAAGGAAAUAACCAGAUAUUUUUUACUGAAUUCAGUAGCACAAACUGGGAAUCAUUAUUUCUGAAAUCUUUCAUGGGAUUUUUUGUCUACAGUACCCUAUAUAGUCAUUUAACCUUUAGUUUUAUUCUGUCUGUGUUAUCAAGAGUGUUUUUCUUCAAGAAAAAAGACUUGAAUCUAUAUAUUUUUUCCACUACUGUGUCAGUUACUGUACAUUAUUUAACAUGUUUGUCAUUCUAGCUGCAAUUUUUAGUUGUUUACAUCUUAAUUGCACAAAUCAUCACCUACGCGUGGAAGUGGUUCAUUUUCUGUGUUUAAAUUAUCAGAACAGUGUAACUGUACAGAAUCUUUGGGGUUUCCUCCAAAAUUUAUCUAACACACUUCAACAACAAAUGUGAAUAGUAUUUUUAUAAAGCACUGAAAUGGC